ACCAUUUAUGCCAAUAGCUGGAUUUUGGCAUCUUUUAGGCCUAUCAAAGAGCGUCGGCUUCUUUAACCUUAAUAAACAAGGUUAAAAGGAAAAAACUUGGAGAGAGAUUUAAAUAAUUCUGGGUACAAUGUUUCCUUUACACCAAAGCAAUGAGCUGGUCUUCAAAGUCUUCUCUGAUCCCCACCACCAGCACAAAAUCUCUCAAGAUCUGAUCAUGGGUCAAGCUUCACUGGAUGGCAGUAAUUUUAACACCUCCAAGUCCUUGGGGAAAGGCCUGCGCCGAAAAUUAUGUGAUAACUUGGAUAAGAACUUUGUCAAUUGUAAUGAUAACAAGAAACAGAAGAUGAUGCAUAGGGAAAUUGAGAGGCAAAGAAGGCAAGAAAUGGCUACGCUUUACGUGGCCCUUAGAUCCUUUCUCCCACUUGAAUUUAUCAAGGGAAAGCGCUCCAUAUCUGACCACAUAAAUGAGGCUGCGAAUUACAUCAAACACUUAGAGAAGAAGAUCAAAGAGCUGAGUUCUGCAAGAGAUGUGCUAAAAGAGUUUUCCAAUUUGUCUACUACUGAUCAAGGGAGUACUUCUCAACCGAGUUGUUUCACGAUCCACCCAUGCUGUGGUGGAGUUGAAAUUGUGAUCUCCAGUGGCUUCAGAGAGGAAAGUUUUCCUCUUUCAAAGGUUUUAGAGCUUCUUCUAGAGGAAGGACUUACUGUUCUAAACUGUACAUCCUCCAAAGUCAAUGAAAGGUUUCUCCACACUGUCCAGUGUGAGGUGAGCGAUUCAACAUGCCUUGAUCUAUCUGGGAUGCAAAAGAAACUAACCGAAGUGAUUCCAUCAAUGAACUGUCUAUCCCCAUAGAAUUGAAUUGAAUAGAGAGUCCCUACUCUACUGCCAAUUUGGUAUCUGAGUACUCAACUUGGUUAUGACUCUUUGUAUAUAUAAGCAUAUUAACCCCUCCAAGUUCAUUGAUUUUGUUCUUGCAUCGCUCUGGUUUGGGAAAUGACAGUGAUAAAAUCAUUUAAGCCAUUUCAGUUUUCAAAAUGGAAUGCGCACCCUUAUUUGCGGAA